GACAUUUCCACUUUCUAACAAACGAUCUCGGUUAGGCACGGCGAGCCCACCACCAUCUUCCCCCUUCUCCUUCCCCUCCCCGCGUCGCCUCGCCGUGUGCGUGCGCCUCCACUUCUCCGAGAGACAAACCAGGGCGCCGAUCUCGCAGCCUCCACCUCCUCACCCACGCGGCCUCGCGCUUGCGUGCGACGCCGGAGAAGAAGCUUCGGCACCGGCCCCGGCUCCACCCGCAGCUCCGCCAUCUCCUCCGGCCGCGGCCCCGGCGGCGAGGCGAGGCGAGGCGAAGCGGAGGGCGGCGAGAUGUGGGUGUUCUACCUGAUAUCGCUGCCCCUGACGCUGGGCAUGGUCACCGUCACGCUCCGCUACUUCGCCGGCCCAGGCGUGCCGCGCUACGUCAUCGCCACCGUCGGCUACGCCUGGUUCUGCUCCCUCUCCUUCAUCAUCCUCGUCCCCGCCGACAUCUGGACGACAUUAACUGGCCGUGAGAAAGGUGGCAUCGGCUUCUUUUGGAGUUGGUCGUAUUGGAGCACAUUUAUCCUAACAUGGGCUGUAGUACCUACUAUUCAAGGCUAUGAAGAUGCUGGAGAUUUCACUGUUAAAGAAAGGCUGAAGACUAGUAUUCAUAUGAACCUGCUCUUUUAUUCUAUUGUGGGGGCCAUUGGCCUCUUUGGACUCAUAUUGCUUCUAGUGAUGCAUAGAGCAUGGGAUGGUGGUAUUGUGGGCUUUGCAAUGGCAUGUUCAAAUACUUUUGGGCUGGUCACUGGUGCAUUCCUUCUUGGUUUUGGUUUGAGUGAAAUCCCUCGAAACAUUUGGAAAAAUGCAGACUGGACUCACCGACAAAAAGUACUUUCUCAUAGAGUAGCAAAGAUGGCUGUCAAGCUUGAUAAUGCUCAUCAAGAAUAUUCAAAUGCAAUUGUUGUUGCUCAAGCCACUUCUAAUCAAAUGUCAAAGCGUGACCUUUUGAGGCCUUAUAUGGAUAUUAUUGACAAAAUGUUGGCUCAGAUGCUGCGGGAGGAUCCAUCUUUUAAGCCUUCUGGUGGAAGAUUAGGUGAAAAUGAUAUGGACUAUGAUACAGAUGAUAAAACAAUGGCCACACUUCGACGUCAACUUAGGAGGGCUCACGAGGAGUACUACAGGUGUAAAAGUGAAUAUAUGACUUAUGUCAUGGAAGCCCUUGAACUAGAAGACACCAUUAAAAAUUAUGAACGACGUGACGCAAAUGGAUGGAAAUUUGUGUCAAGUUUUAGGGAAAGUCGACCGGGCACACUGGGUUCCCUUUUGGACACAAUGGAGUUCAUUUGGCGCUGUGUUCUGAGGAAGCAGCUUCAGAAAGGAUUUGCUAUUGUUCUUGGCUGUAUGUCAGCUGCUAUACUGCUGGCUGAAGCCACUCUGCUGCCAAGUGGUGUUGAUUUGUCCCUUUUCUCCAUUCUUGUCAAGUCCGUAGGGAAACAGGAGGUUUUGGUUCAGGUUGCUGCAUUUGUCCCUUUGAUGUAUAUGUGCAUUUGCACUUACUACUCACUGUUUCAGAUUGGGAUGUUAAUGUUUUAUUCUCUGACUCCGAGACAAACCAGUUCUGUCAGCUUGCUUAUGAUCUGCUCAAUGGUUGCAAGAUAUGCACCUCCUAUUUCUUAUAACUUCCUGAAUCUCAUUCGACUUGGUGGUGAUGCCAAAACUACUUUUGAGAAGAGAAUGGGAAACAUCGAUGAUGCCGUUCCUUUCUUUGGAAGAGGCUUCAACAGGAUAUAUCCAUUAUUUAUGGUUGUUUAUACACUAUUGGUUGCAAGUAAUUUCUUUGGGCGUUUGAUUAACUUUUUCGGAAGCUGGAAAAGGUUCAAAUUCCAGCGUGAGGAAGAAAAUAUGGAUGGUUUUGAUCCGUCUGGAAUGAUCAUUCUGCAGAAAGAGAGGUCUUGGAUUGAACAAGGAUGUAAAGUAGGCGAGCAGGUUAUCCCAUUGGCAAGAAAUUUCAAUAAUGUCAACACAGAUGUUGAAUCUGGAAAGGUGCCAUUGGUUGAAAAUACACUGGAGAUGAAAUCAGGAGCUACUUCCUCUAGAGCUGACGGAAGAGUAGGUCAAUCCAAAUAUGCUAACAACAGAGAAACUAUUGCUACCAAGUAUUCAGCUAUCAGAGAACAGAGCAGACAGGCAGUGAAGCCAGCAAAAAAGGAAAUUUCUUCAACUUCUGUAUCUUUGCUUGAGGAAGGGAGUUCUGAACAGUGGUCCAAUACUGGUGCACCCGUGGGCUCAUCAGCUGGAAUUUCCCAAACAUGGGCAACGAUGAAGAUUGGUUUUCAGAACUUCAAAGCAAACAUGGGUUCCAAAAAAUUCAUUCCUUUGCGCCAAGACCCAGGAUUUGCUCCACAUUCAAAUGUCUCUUCGCCCGAAUCACUUGAUGAAAUCUUCCAAAAAUUAAAACGACGUCCUGCAGAUAUGCCUGUGGAUUACCUUGACGAUGAUGAUGACAAUACUGGUGACAUGGAUCCUACAUUCCCAGGAUCAACAAGAUAGGUUAUGAUAUAUUCUUUUAGAAGUUAGAAUAUGCAAGCUCAGAAAUUAAAACGAUUUGGUAGCAUUAGAUGCAGAACAGAAGAUACAGGAUGUAUAGAUUAGAUGAUGGAGGUGGCCUUCUUGGAAGCUCAGGAGUCAGGACGCCUGCCCAUCUGGAAAGCUGCAAAGAUAAAAGGAUGACAUGAUGAUGACAGGUUCUGCCCUACGUGUGCAGAAAGGACAGCAGAUUCUCCAAACAAGAGAUCAUGAGAUUAUGGGACUUUUCUGCUCUACACAUACAGUACAUUGUUAACAUGUUUUUGUAACACUUUGGUAAUGGAGAGGAUGUAGUGAGUCGAAGCUGACGAGUGUAAAAUGUCUUGGAAAAAAAUCACGAAUAUAAUGUAUUAACUGAAAAAGAAGUACACACAAAUGUUUUUGUGUGGUGGAAAUUCCAUUUGUCUUGUCUACUGAAACUAAAA